CAGUCCAACCUGGAGAGACACAAAGAUACCAGCGCCACAGAGAAGCCAUGGAAAUGUGGGGACUGUGGGAAGGGAUUCAAAGCCCCAUCACAGCUAGAAACACAUCGACGUGGUCACACUGGGGAAAGACCGUUCAGCUGUUCUGAUUGUGGGAAGGGAUUCACUCAGUUAUCCAACUUGCAUUUACACCAGCGAGUUCACAUACGAGAGCAGCAAUUCUCAGGCUCUGCGUGUGGGAAAGUAUUAACGAAGGCACCUGACCUGCUGACACAUGGAUGGGUUCACACUGGGGAGAGACCUUUUACCUGCUCUGAGUGUGGAAAGGGUUUUGGUGCUUCAUCCAGUCUCCAGAGACACCAGCGAGUUCACACUGGGGAGAGGCCAUUCAUCUGCUCCAUGUGUGGAAAGGAAUUUACUGUUUCAUCCAACUUGCGGAGACACCAGCGAUUACAUGACAGGGAAAAGCUGUUCACCUGCUCUGAGUGUGGGAGGGGAUUCAAUUAUUCAUCUAGCUUGUGGAAGCACCAGCGAGUUCAUACUGGGGAGAGGCCAUUCAACUGUUCUGAGUGUGGGAAGAGAUUCACUGAUUCGUCAAGCUUGUGCAAACACCAACAAAUUCACUCGGAGGAGAGGCCAUUGACCUGUUCGGAGUGUGGGAAGGGAUUUGCUCACUUAUCCCAUCUGCUGACUCACCAGCGCGUUCAUACUGGGGAGAGGCCAUUCAUCUGCUCCAUAUGUGGGAAGGGAUUCACUCAGUCAUCCCACCUGCUGACACACCAGCGUGUUCACACUGGGGAGAGGCCAUUCAUCUGCUCCAUCUGUGGGAAGGGAUUCACUCAGUUGUCAAGCCUGUUGCGACACCAGAUGGCUCACACGGGAGAGAAGCCAUUCCCCUGUUCCAUGUGUGGCAAGGAAUUUACUCGAUCGACCAGUCUGCUGAGGCACCAGCGAGUUCACACUGGAGAGAGGCCGUUCACCUGCGCCGCGUGUGGGAAAGGAUUCACUGAGUCAUCAAGUUUGUUGAUACACCAACGCGUUCACACUGGAGAGAGGCCGUUCACCUGCUCAGAGUGCGGGAGGGGAUUCAUUGAUUCAUCCAGCCUGCGGAAACACAGGCAUGCUCAUACUGGAGAGAGGCCAUUCAUUUGUUUUGUGUGUGGGAAGGGCUUCAGUGAGUCAUCCACAUUGCUCCGACACCGUGGCAGCCACACUGAGUAGAAACCUUUUCAAGGCAGUGACCAUGGGUGUUAGUUGUAUCAACUGAGGUGAAGUAUACACUAGUGGAGUGCAUUGAUUGGAUGGUUACAUGAGUGCAUAUAAAAGGACACUUAAUGACACAAUAGAAUGAAGUCAGGAGAGAGAUACCUCCAAAAUUCCACUCUGUAAAUAAAUUGAUUCCAAGUAAAGAUUGGCUCCAGUUUCUUCCUCCCCCUAAAGUCUUUCAGGAUCCCAACAGAAAGUGCUAGCUGAAUGUUGAAGCUUGGAAAUUAAAAGAAAGCAAAAUCUCAGACAGAAAUCCAAGCUGAUUUGGAGAGAAAUGGUUGAUGAGCAGAAAUUUUCAGGAGCUGAUUGUUUGUGGAAUCAGAGCAAAUGAGUUAAAUGUUAAUCUCUGUGGCACAUCUGCAUAGAUAAUAGGGCUUAAAACUGGAAAAACAUGCAGUAAAUUUAGACACAAUGUGAAACAUUUUAAAUCACGUCUUUUUCAAUGCCAGAUAUUGUAUUUUAAGAGUGAGUUUCUGAUCAAGAAGAGGCAAGAGCACCAUCAGUUCUAGAGUAUCCUGCUGCAAUACAAACAGUUGUUAGCAAUUCAGAGUGAAGCAAGGCUGCCGAACUCCAGGUAAGUGGUCCAGUUAUCAAAUUGUUGUGGACAGCUAGUAACACCUUUCCCAAUGGUCAAGAGAGAGCUGAGGGGUUUCCCAGAAGGAAUUGGGACUUAGUUAGGAGUUUGCAUUGCGUACAUAUGAACGUGCAGACAUGAAUUAAAAGCAGGAUGGACCACUUGGCCCUUUUCAGCCUGUUCCACCAUUCAAUAAGCUUAUAACUGAAGUGAUUUUUGUAUAUUUCCAUCUACCUCUGCGGUUUCAUCUCCCUGCUGAUUAAAACACUCUCUGCUUCUGCCUUAAAUAUGCUCACUGCCUUUUGAGGAAGACAAUUCCAAACAUUGACAAUCUUCUGACAGAACAAACUUCUCCUCCUCUCUCUUCAAAUGGGCAACCCAUUAUUUUGAAACCGUGACCCUCCGGCUUGAAGAGAACCUCCUGGGAUUAGUCAGGCCCCUACUCCCACUUGGGGGAACAGGCUUCAACUAGCCACACAAUCACCAGAGAUGAUGGGCAGCCUGUCUAAAGGAUGUUAGAGGAAAUCCAAGCAACUUCAGGAACAGAAUGCCACACAGGUCCAUAUGGAGGUGGAGGCCAUACGCAUGGAGGACAUCAUUGAACAAGCCACAGCACGUGGAGUUUGCUGAUCAGCUUAGUUCCAAAACGCGAUGGGACUCAACGAUUCUGCGUGGAUUAUCGGAAGAUCAACACCGUUACAAAAUCAGACUCCUAUCCAAUUCCUGGAUUGGAGGACUGCAUUGAGAAAGUUGGACAAGCCAGUUACAUCAGCAAGUUGGACUUAAUG